AUGACUGAGACGAGAAACGGACAAAUGAUCGACGAUAGAACUUGGGCAUCAGUCACCAAUUUUAUCUGCGGUAGUGACGAUACACUUCUCUCUGCGUGCGAUUUUACGCAUCGAUAUAGUAGAUGUGACAGCCAUGGCGGAGUGGAGGUUACGUGCACAGAUUUAACACCUACUGAUGCGCCCACCGAUACUGAACGACCAACAACUGCCGUGCCUUCGACAGCAUACCGAAGAACAUCUGAGGUGGCAACCACACAAGGCCAAACAACGCCCAGAGUCGCGGUUACGACGGUAAAAGAUGAGAAAGAAGAAACUACGGAAAGAGAGGUAGUCACUUCUGACCUGACUACGGGAGAAUCCGCCCAAACCUCCCCGUUGACGAUUGAGACCAGGGCCGGUGGUGCCACGGACUCCAAGUUGACGAGGUCGCCCAGCGAGAAGGACGGCACAACGACCGAAUCCUCAGCUGGAGACGGUGGAUUUGAUACUCGUAACGGGUCAAAUGCAGGGACAUACAUUGGUCUAGCAAUAGGAUGUGUCCUGAUCGUCGUGUGUGCAAUCGUCGUCGUCGUCUGUCUUCUGAAAAGACACAAGAGGCAAGAUAAGGAAACCACGGCCACUUUACGGCCGUCUGUCGGCUUCCAACAACACAGCGUCGUCUACGAGAACUCGCAAGGACCGAAUCAUCUGAUGAUGCAAGACCUUGGCCAGGCCGUUCCUGAUUCAGCCGACGACUCUGCGGAAUACACGUACUGCGCCGUAGGGGAAAGAGUGAAUACAGAGAGCAGUGUUCGGUACGCCACCGGUGCCGUCGGUGAGAGAGCCGAACCGGGAUACACCGCGCCUAAUCCAUCACCAGUCAAAAAACCUCGGGAACAUCUAGUGUUGUCUGAACAGAAGCCGGGCAGAAAGGUUGCUGGGAACGUAGCGAUUCCGUCUUACCUGGAACUGGACGGGGGAGUAGCUCCGGAAGACGGGGCAGAAUCCGACAACUCGUAUUAUUUUAAACUGCAGCCGGGCUCACCCGAUCCGGUGACGCCUGAGAGGGUUCACGGGGGUACCGACUACUUCACCGUUGAAGCGGGAGGUGUCUUGGUCGACAACGGGCAGUACACUACCGGAGAUGACGUCGAUGAUCACUACUACUCGUUCGCGAAAUUGGAAACCACCACAACUUCGGAUCCCCAGGAAGACGACGUGUAUGCGUACCCGGACGCGCCGACAGAGGGCGCUAACAAGCCACCCAACGCAGACUAUUCUAUGAUUGAGGAAGGAAGUAACUCCACGGGUUCCCCGCCGUACAAGGCCAGCGAGAAAGGUUGUGUGCAUCCAGAGAUGGAGAGCGAGUAUGCCUACGUGGAUACCAGCCAGCGUUAUGACGAGUCGACCGGCGAAACCGAGGGAUGGGUGGAAAACAUCGCCUACGCAUCCUUUCCGUAGGAAAAGUCAUGGCAAAAAAACAACUACUUUUAGCUGCUUUCACAAAACAGUUCGUA